AUGGCCGACUCAAACAUCCAGUACGUCUCAAACCGCCCAUACCGGACCACAUCUAAUAACAAUUACAGAGCUCUUCUCCAGAAGCCUCGCUCAGAGUGCACGGAAUAUGAAAUCGCCCAGAUCGAGGAAUAUGAGUUGAGCAACGGUCCCCUGUCGCUUCUCCAGACGGCCGUCAGGACAAACACCCAGGUCCUGAUCAGUUUACGGUCGAAUCGCAAACUGCUCGCUCGUGUCAAGGCGUUUGACCGCCACAGCAACAUGGUCCUCGAGAACGUCAAAGAGAUGUGGACGGAACCUCAGAAGGCCGGCAAGGGACGGCCAGUGAACAAGGAUAGGUUCAUUUCCAAGAUGUACUGCUCACUCCUGUACCCGAUUGCGAGCCCAUACUGA